UCUAACAAAAAUCUUACCCGCCACCCAAGUGUUUUUUCUCCCUCUUUCUUUCCUCCUCCGUUUCGGAAACAGAUUCACAUAGUCAACAUGUCUCACGAAACCGUUUGGUUCUCCCGCCCUCGCAAGUACGGAAAGGGUUCUCGCCAGUGCCGCGUCUGCGCUCACCAGGCUGGUCUCAUCCGCAAGUACAACCUCAACAUCUGCCGUCAGUGCUUCCGCGAGUAUGCCAACGAUAUUGGCUUCCACAAGCUCCGUUAAGACGUUGAUUGGCUGUGAAAGAAGCUCUUUUUGAUAAGCUUUCUAAUCCCAUGUUU